UGAAUACUGUAGGACAACUGAAAUCAAUAUCUCUGUAGUUGUUAGAAUUUUCUCCGUCCUUAAGAAAAGAUAAAUUUUAGAAAUUGGAUUUAAAUGGGUACAUAUGUUUAUCAGGUAUUUCAGUACGAGAUAACAAAACCACAGUUUAAAGAUGAGAUAUUUAAUAAGGACACAUAAGAAGCGCUGUAUUGCCCUAAUUGUGAUAGGUACCAUUCUCAUUUAUGUUGCAAUAAACAUAUUCAUCACAUUCCAUACGCGUCACGGAAGCAGAAAACCAAGUUUUAUGCAAAAGUAUCUUUAUGCUUCAAAGCUUAAGUUUAAAGAGGAAAACAUGAGGAGUUUAAUAGGUUCCAAAUUUCAGGCAUGUGUUCAUCCAAAUUUGCCGCUAUGGAGUAAAGAAUUCAAAACUUAUUUUGAAAAGGUGAAACCAGUCAAAUGCACCGAGGACACGGACUGGGUAUACACCGGAAGUGGUAAAUUUUACAUUUCGAGGCAUGCAGUGGAUAAAUAUGGAGAGAUAACAUGUGCAUACGUACCAAUAGUGAACUCAAAUGACACAUUUAGAACUUUAAAACCCAUCGUACCUAUGCUGAAUGGAAGCGCACUUGUCUCUGAUGCAUUCAAAGUUUCGUGUAAAUCUGCAGAUGGAAAUAAAUAUGCAAACAUUCAUGCAUGCAUAGCACCAACAACAAACAGAAUACCACAUGAAGUUACACCAACUUCCGAUAGAUACAAUGUAUUAAUAUUUGGUUUUGACUCACUCUCUCGACAAAUGUUUAUGCGUUUGCUUCCAAAGACUCAUACAUAUUUUACGGAGAUACUGGGUGGUUCCCUGCUUGAAGGUUACAACAUUGUAGGAGAUGGUACAACGCAAGCUUUAUUGCCCUUGUUAACGGGAAAACGGGAAACAGAAAUACCGGAAGUGAGAAGAGGGAAGCCGGGGGCAAGACAUGUUGAUGAGUUGUUAGAUUUUGUUUGGAAACAAUACGAAAAGAAGGGCUACGUAACGCAAUGGGCAGAGGACCUUGCAGAUAUCGGCACAUUCAAUUUUAGGAUGCUGGGAUUUAAGGAUCAGCCCGUUAACCAUUACAUGCGCCCUUUUUAUCUUGCAGCCACUCCAAUUUAUCCUUAUUUUAGCAGAUAUUGCUUAGGUUCUAGAACAAGACACCAGGUUUACCUCGACUGGCUUAAAGAAGGACUAGAGACUAACAACGACAAGAACUUCUUUACUUUUGGAUUUUUCUCCGAAUACACUCAUAGCAACAAUAAUCCUGCAAUACUCUCAGACGAAGAAAAUGUCGCGUUCCUUGAAUAUCUUAGAGGUAAAAACAUUCUUGAUAAAGCAUUUCUUAUUGUAAUGAGUGAUCAUGGUACACGGUAUGGAUCUAUUCGAAUGACCGAGCAGGGUAAACUAGAAGAAAGAAUGCCGUAUUUUGGUGUAUCGGUACCUCCAGCUUUCCAAACAAAAUUCCCUGAAAAGUAUAAAACUUUUCUAAACAACACAAAAAGACUUAGUGUACCAUCAGAUAUACACGAAACUCUCUUGGAUAUAAUCGGCGAAUCAAGCACCAAAUCUGAAAUUAAUAGGACAGUAUAUUCUUUGUUUUCACCGAUACCAAAAGACAGGACAUGCGCCGACGCUGCAAUUGAGACACACUGGUGCGCAUGUCUGAAAUCGAAAGUUGUUUCCGUUUCCGAUCCAAACGUCCUAUCUUCAGUGAAGACAAUUAUAUCACGCAUCAACGAUAUUUUGCGAGGGUUUACUUCUUUAUGCCAUCUGUUGUCACUCCGGAACAUUUUUAAAUCUGUUUCUUUUGAAACUGAUAGACAUGUAUUGCGGUUCAAGAAAAGUCGAGAUGUUGAUGGUCGUGUUCCAGAUCUUAGCGAUACCUUACUUCCAGAAAUCGUACAUUAUCAAAUAACGUUUGAAACGGUUCCGGGUAAUGCAGUUUUCGAAGCAACUGCGUUCAUGAAUUUGGUUACAGGUGAUGUAAUUGCAAAUGAAAGAGAAAUAAGCAGAUUAAAUCGAUACAAUGAUGCUCCGAAAUGUAUUGAAAAGUCACAUCCGUCGCUUCGACCUUACUGCUAUUGUAGAUGAUAAUUGAUGACAGUAACUUAUAGAUAUAUUUAACUUAAACACACAAAAGGCGUAUAAUGCUCUGAAUCAUUUCUGGAGAAGUAGGCGUACCCUGUGUACGAUAAAAACUUUAAAACAACGAAUGUGUCACCAGACAUUGAUAGUAUAAUAAAUAAUUAGCGAAAUAAAAGAGAAAUCAAUGAAAUAUACACCAUUAAAUGACCCAUUUGUUAAAAAAGAGGUCUUACUAGACCCAAAUUUCAUAUCUAAAAAUUUGAACAAUUUCAACAUCAGGUAAAACAUUGUGAAAACUGUAGAAAACGUAAUAUCUUGCGUCUCCAUUCCUUUGUUGUUAUUAUACGCCCGAAGGAACGUAUUUUGGUGUUCGUCUGACCGUCUGUCUGUCUGUGUGUACGUCUUAGGGGUCAAAGGUCAUAUAACUUUGUUUCGAGUGCGAUGUGUAACUCUUAAACUGCUUGAAGGAUUUAAAAAAAACUUGUCACAAAUGUUCACCACAUUGAGACGACGUGCAGAGCACAUAGCUCGCUUCAAGGUAAAGGUCACACUUAGAGGUUAAAGGUCACAUGACUUUGUUUUGUGUUUAUGUUGCUUUGCAUUGCGGUGCUCUUGUUUUUAUUUGGCAGAUUCUUUUUUUUUUUUGUUCACUUACAAUAUUUUUUAUUGAAUUACUUCCCUUUUAUGUUACUAGAAAUAGGUUAUUUUGUAACUUUUUUAUUAUUAGCCGUAAGUAAAAACCGAGACCACUUUUCUUUGGUACAACAUGGAUGGUACCUGCAAAGUUAAGGUGUAUUUUGACACAUCUGUACCUGUUAAUAAUUUUAGUGGACUAAGAGUUUUUCGGGGAAUUUCUUCCCUUUGUUGUCAUUUUCCUGAGAACUUCAACAGUAAAGUUCUUUAAAUUUUGCUCCCAUCCUCUGAUAUUUGACUUUAUCAAAACCUUUGGGGACCUCCGUGGCCGAGUGGUUAAGGUUGCUGACUUAAAUCACUUGCCCCUCAUCGAUGUGGGUUCGAGCCUCACUCGGGGCGUUGAAUUCUUCAUGUGAGGAAGCCAUCCAGCUGACUUACGGAAGGUCGGUGGUUCUACCCAGGUGCCUGCUCGUGAUGAAAUAAUGCACGCAGGGGCACCUGGGGUCUUCCUCCACCAUUAAAGCUGGAAAGUCGCCAUAUGACCUAUCAUGUGUCGGUGCGUCGUUAAAUAAAAAGAAGGUAUCAAAAACUUUUACAAAAAAAUUCUAAGUUAAAAAGGUACAUAACUCUGUCAAAAUUCAAAUCACAGUUAUGAGGAUUGUUUUCCCGGUGUAGACUUCGAUAGUAAAUAACUAUUUUAAGUUUAAAGUCAAUAGCUUUGAUAGUAACAGAGACAUUUGACUUUAUCAAAAACUUUAACCAAAAAUUCUAAUUUAAAAGGGGGCAUAACUCUGUCAAAAUUCAAAUCAGAGUUAUAGGGAUUGUUUCUCUCGGUGUAGACUUUGAUAGUAAAUAAGUAUUUUAAGUUUCAAGUCAAUAGCUUUGGUAGUAACAGAGAUAUUUGACUUUAUCUAAAAAAUUAACCAAAAAUUCUAAGUUAAAAAGGGGCAUAAUUCUAUCAAAAUUCAAAUCAGAGCAACGCAGAUUGUUUUUCCUGAUGUGGACUUCGAUAGUAAAUAAUUAUUUUAAGUUUCAAGUCAAUAACUUUGAUAGUAACAGAGAUAUUUGACUUUAUCAAAAACUUUAACCAUAAAUUCUAAGUAAAAAGGGGCAUAAUUCUAUCAAAAUUCAAUCAGAGUUAUGGGGAUUAAUUUUCCUGGUGUAGACUUCGAUAGUAAAUAACUAUAAUAAGUUUCAAGUCAAUAGCUUUGAUAGUAACAGAGAUAUUUGACUUUAUCAAAAACUAUAACCAAAAAUGCUAAAUUAGAAAGGGGUAUAAUUCUGUAAAAAUUCAAUCAGAGUUAUGGGGAUUGUUCUUCCUUGUGUAGACUUUGAUAGUAAAUAAGUAUUUUAAGUUUCAAGUCAAUAGCUUUUGACAGUAAUAGAGAUAUUUGACUUUAUCAAAAAUUUUAACCAACGGAGACGCCG